CAUCGUCUCGUUGCAAUUGUGAUACAUAUACACAUAUUUGAGUCCCUGGACUGUGAGGUUCCUGACUCUAGAUCAGCUGAACGUUCAGAAUCAUGGCUGCUCCGCACGAAUCCAAGCCGGGACAAGUGUCCAUCUCUCCCCUUCUCAAGAGACUCGCCUACCCCGCUACAGAGAUCCAGGUUACCGCGACCGAGAUUGCCGCCGCUUUUGCCCUGAUCUUCGAAGAUGGGCUCUCGCAGAUUCAGACUGCUGCGCUUCUGACGCUAUUGCAUUCUACCGGACUCGACCGCGAUGCGGAAGUUAUCGCGAAAUGCUCCCACCGCAUGAGAGAAGCUGCUGUCCAGGUCGACAAAGCUUCUCUGAGGGCGGCUAUCAAGUCCCGCGCUAAGAAGGAGGGGCAAUAUAGAGGUGGUCUAUGUGACAUUGUCGGAACUGGAGGUGACUCGCAUUCCACUUUCAACAUCUCCACCACCUCCUCCAUCAUCGCUUCUCCCCUCCUCCUCACAGCCAAGCAUGGCAACCGCGCACAAACAUCCUUCUCCGGGUCCGCCGACGUCUUGCAAGCUGUUGCUCCGGUUCCUCCGAAGAUCGAAGCCGUCAACGCCGAGAACCUGAGCAAGGUGUACGCGGCGACCAAUUACUCGUUCCUGUUUGCGCCCAACUUCCACCACGGGAUGAGAUACGCCGAUACUGUGCGACGUGGCCUUGGCCUUCGGACUAUUUUCAACCUCAUGGGACCCCUGGCCAACCCUGUUGAUUGGGCCAUCGAGGCCCGCAUCGUGGGUGUGGCCUACCAGAGCCUGGGCCCCGUCUUCGUGGAGGCGCUGCGCCAGAACGGGUGCAAGAAGGCAUUGGUCGUCUGCGGUGCAGAAGAUCUGGAUGAGAUCAGCUGCGCUGGCCCCACGAACUGCUGGAGACUGUCGGAGUACCCCAACGCUGCAUACAAGCAGCCAGAGAACGAGGACGAGGAAUGCUCCUGUGACGAGGACCAUAACCCCCGCACUCUGGUCAAGAUGGAAAUGUUCCAGCUGCACCCGUCCGACUUUGGGUUGAAGGCCUACCCGCUGACGGAGGUCUUCGGAAGGAAGAUGCCCAAGGACAAUGCUGAGAAGCUCAUGAGCAUCCUGCGCAACGAACUGCCCCGUGACGACCCGAUUCUGAGCUUCGUGCUCCAGAACGUGGCUGCCCUACUGGUUACUUCUGGUAUCUGCGAGGCGGAAACCAGCAACAUGGGCCCUGGCGAUGAUGGCCAGGUGAUCACCGAGCGCGGCCCUGGAGGCGGACGCUGGAAGGAAGGCGUCCGCCGGGCACGCUGGUGCAUCGAGAGCGGCGCCGCUCUCCGGAGCUUCGAGCAUUUUAUCGAAGUGACAAACCAGCUCUGAGUGAGUUGUAGAUGAUGUGUAUGCGGUAUACAUUUUCGGGGUUUUUUAUAACGCACAAACGUUGGGAAAUUGAACAAACCCCAUCGUUUUCGAAUAGACCAAACGGUCGAAUUUCAACAAUUAAUUCGUGGAUAGCAUAGGAUAGCGC